AUGGAGAGCGCUCUCCCUGCGGCCGGCUUCCUGUACUGGGUGGGCGCAGGCACUGUGGCCUACCUAGCCCUACGCAUCUCGUACUCGCUCUUCACGGCCUUUCAGAUCUGGGGUCUGGGUCACGAGCCUAGGGUUGGACCGGGGCUCGGUGAAUGGGCAGUUGUCACAGGUAGUACUGAUGGAAUUGGAAAAUCAUAUGCAGAAGAGUUGGCGAGGUGUGGAAUGAAGGUUGUCCUUAUCAGCAGGUCGCAGGAUAAACUGAACCAGGUUUCCAGUGAAAUAAGAGAAAAAUUCAAAGUGGAAACAAAGACCAUUGCUGCUGACUUUGCAUCCGAAGAUAUAUAUGAUAAAAUUAAAACAAGCUUGGCAGGCCUUAAAAUUGGUGUUUUAGUGAACAAUGUGGGAGUAGCAUAUGAGUAUCCUGAAUUCUUUUUGGACAUUCCAGACUUGGACAACACCAUCAAGAAAAUGAUAAUUGUUAACGUUCUUUCUGUUUGUAAGAUGACACGCUUAGUGCUGCCUGGCAUGGUAGAAAGAUCUAAAGGCGUGAUUCUGAACAUCUCCUCCGCCAGUGGCAUGUAUCCAGUUCCACUGCUGACCAUCUACUCUGCAACCAAGGCUUUUGUAGAUUUCUUCUCUCAGUGCAUCCAUGAGGAAUAUAAAAGCAAGGGCAUCUUUGUGCAGAGUGUCCUGCCCUUCUUUGUCGCUACGAAACUGGCUAAAAUCCGGAAAACAUCUCUGACCAUACCCUCUUCAGAGGCAUAUGUGAAGUCGGCGUUGAAAACAGUGGGGUUGACAACCCGAACCAAUGGAUAUCCGAUCCAUUCUCUUAUGGGUGUAUUUGCCUCCAUGGUGCCUUCUUGGUUAUAUAUGAAAAUGAGCAUGCGUAUGGGCAUGUCCACGCGGGCUCGCUAUCUGAAGAAAGUCAAGAAGAACUAA